CUUACUUACAAAUCGAACAAGAGAUGGAAGUAGAAUUGGGAAGACCGCCAACUAUUCCUGAAGUUUUUCUCAGGACUCAUACCAAAAAAGAUGGUACUUUUGUGGAUAAGAAAGCGCAAGCAGUUCAUGAGGCAUAUAAGAAAAGAAGGGAAGCUAAGUUGGCUGCUCAGGAUAAUGAUGAGUCUUCAGAUGGUACUUCACGUCGAUCAGAGCUAUCUCAUGAGGAGGAUGAUGAGCUCUUUCUUCAGUCUACUUACAUAAAUGAUAGAGGAACAUACUUUGGAGUUGGAAGCCUAGGAAGUUACAUCAACGGGAAGCGGAAGUACCCUGGAAGCUCUUCUACUUUCACAACCCUACAACAACAGCUUGAAGACGCUAAUCGCAAGAUAGAGGAACAAGCAGCUCUACAAGCAGAGCGUGACGCAGAGGCUUCACGGGUUGCAGCUGAGGCUUUGCGGGUUGCAUCUGAGCAACAAGAAGAGAUCUCACGCUUGGCGAGCUUCCUCAAGACUAACCCAAACUAUGUCACCUUCCUUGAGUCUCAAACCAAUGACCUAAACCCUGCUGAUUUUCAAAGUUAGGUUCCCUCAUGUAAUAUUUGCAACACUCUUGGAUAUUUGGAUGUUUUUUGGAACUUUUGCAACUUUUGUAAAAACA